AUGAGAGCCGGCGCGCUCACUCUCUGGGCCCUCGGGGCGGUCGCCCAGGUGGCAGCAGCUUCUGACUUUCGAGAUUGGUACCCCGAGUACGGGUCCGUCUUCCAGACCAUCCUGGAGACGCACUGUUCGGCCGAGUAUGCCGCCUGGGUCGCGGGUUCGCCGGCACGUCCCGAAGACCACACGGCCAAUGGCACCACCUCGACAGGGCAGGCCGUGGUGCAGUGCAUACUCUCCAGCACGUCCGAGUUCAUGAAGGCCAACAUGGCCUCGGCGGCCGUGCUACUUGGCAUCAUGCCCUUCGCCCUGUCUGUGCUGGGAUCCAGUAGCGAGGAGAGCGCCCUCCUGUACGUCAUCGGCCGCCGCCCGCUGCUGACCACGUUGCUGCUGGCGGGCGCGCCCGUCGUGGUCGCUCUCCGGCCGUUCGAGUACAAGGACCCCGUUGGCAUCCUCCGCGCGCGCGAGGGCCGCUUCUACAGCUUCCACAUCGGGCCCUCGUGGGUUGUCCUGGCCCUCGAGUACAUCGUCGCGCUCGCCUCGGUCGCCAACGUCGUCCACGUCACGUACGGCCUCGGCGUCGGCGUGACCACCAUGAUCCUGCCGGACUCGAGCUACCUGCCGGGAUUGUGGGCCGCCACGGGCAUCGCCGUGCACGUCAUCGGCGCGCUGUGCCUCAAGUCGCGCCUGCGACUGCUCACCCCAGAGCGCGAGCCCAUCCUCGCGUCGGAGCUAACCCUGUCGACUGACAAGCGCAUCACGGUCGAGACGGUGCCCGAGACCAAGCGCUUCCUCCUCCUCUCGUGGCUCACCUCCACCUCGACCACUUUCCACGUCAUCUUCGGCACCCUGGCCUUCUCCAGCAUGCAGUUCAUCUCGGUGCGCGACGCCUUUGGCGUCAUCGGCCGCUACACGGCGUCUGUCACCAUCUGCCGCGUCGUGCUCAUGUACGAGCUGUCCGGGCUGCGCACCGCGGUUGAUGGGGGCAACUCGAUGAUGCCGCCGCCUGCUGAUGAUGGGCAGGAUCCUGUUGAUGGGUUGAAGGCGGGGCCGCGUGUGUUUACGUUUGCGCCGUGA